CGUGAAAAUGAAACUAUCAAUUUUAAUUGAAGAUAUGGAAAGCUCACCGUGUCGCCGGCAGCAGCAAGGCGGAGGGAACGGUGGCGGAGACUCGACGCGGUUGCUCCAUAGAAAAAGCGGAAGAGCAGCGGCGGCGCCUGUGGUGAAUUACAGAACUGAAAAAAUUCAGGUCAAGUCUGCGAAGAAGCAGGAAUCGGUCGACGAAGCCGGCGGUUUCGUUAGGCUUUUGCCGCGCAGCAGGAGUCACACGGAGAUUCCGAGACGAACGAGAUCGGGUACCACUUCGCCUUCAGCAUGGGCGCUGUCCCCCGGCCGGCAGUCGCCAUGGUCAUCUCCGGCGCCGACGCCUAAAUCUGCGAUAAGAUCUGAAAAUUCAACGAAACAGGAAGCGAAGAGCAGUAGCGGCGGAGGCAGAGGUGUUGGUGGAGUUCUCAAGUACUUUAGGCAGAAGAAAGUCUCACCAGCGCUGGAGGAGGAGUACCACCGGUACCGCGUAGCGUACAACAGGCUAUUGCAGUGGCGAUUCGCGAACGCUCGAGCGGAAGCGUCCAUGGCGGCAGUUAGAAAAUUAGCUCAGAAAAGGCUGUGGAACGCAUGGGCAAAACUAUCCGUGAUGAGAAACUCGAUGGUGGAGAAGAGAUUACGAAUCCGAAACAACAAGCACGAAUUGAAAUUGUACGAGAUUACCAAAUCGGAACUCAGAUUGCUGGAGGAGUGGUCGAGAAUUGAGAAGAAAAAUACGGAAGCCGUCGGGAGAGUCGUCCGGAAACUCUCCGCCAUUUCCGUCUGCCUCCCUCUCGUCCAAAAUGCAGAGGGGGACACGACAGCCGUCGAUGGUGCAAUAUCGACGGCUACGGAAGUGAUGGGCAGCAUCACGGAAAUGGUACAGAACAUGAAUUGGCAGGUUGAGAAAGAGUGUUUUCUGAUAACGGAGCUAUCUAUUGUCCUAAACCAACAGAAACAAAUGUUUCAACAAUUACAAAAAUGUGUUACUCUCGUUGCUUCAAUGGCGGUGGAAGAGAAAAUUCUAAGAGCACAACAAAUACAGCUUCUCAAUGAAGUUAACACAAUACAGACUACUGUAGAUUAUUAGAAGCACACAAAAAAUAACUACUUUUAUUUAUUUAUUAUAAUUCCCGUCCGAUUUCUAUUGUCCUAAAAUAUAUUUG